AUGUCUGGGGAGCGUCACAAAAAACGCAAAUUUUAUUGGACUCCGUGUGCCAAUCCAACAAACGAAAACGUCGCAAGCGGAACGCAAGCAGAUGCUAUGAAGGCGAUCAGAAAGAUACGAGCGGCUCUCGCCAUGCUAAAAUACCUGAACAAUCAGAACCAGCCUAACGUCAAUGGUCGAUUGACUGCGAGAAUCAACAACAUUGGCGAUCGAUUUCGAGCCUUGCAGGCUGCACACAACGCGGCAUAUCCAGACGAUCAGACAACCAUCGCGGAAUUUUGGUCGGAGUGGGUCAAAGCGCUUUACACGUGGGCGAUUUACCGUGUCAAUACUGUUGCAACCGCAGCCAUCGACCUCUUACGCGAAACAAUGGAGAAUAGCUCGGAUCCUGGAGCUCAAAACAUCAUGAGCUUUAUGGAAGCAUACGAGUUGGACCUGAAGAGAUUGGAGAUCAAUACAUCUUCGAUGAUCUAG